UUUUUUUUAGACAUUUCUUAAUGAUUCACUAUAACUUACUCUCUCACUUAUUCGCUGAUUUGCUAACGUAGUUUGUGGGCUAUGAAUAAUAAUAAAAAAGGUCAAAAAAAAAAAAAAAAAACCUCAUUUUUGUUUUUCUCAUAAUCUCCGUGAAAUAAUUCGCAAAAAUGGUGAUUAUCGAAUCAGCACCAAACGGGGGUGAAGAUGAAGAUACCAGUACACAAAUUAAUGUAGUUGAAUCAAAUAGUAGUAGUAUUAAAUCAACCGAAGAGACUAAUAACGAUGGAUUUGAAACAGCAAGUGAAGGUGAUGGGGCUAGAGAAGAAGAAGAAGAAGAACCUGUUCUUGCUCCAUCUCCAUCUAACGAGGAAUUACAACAGAAAGCUUUAAGUGAAGCCAAUGAUGCGAAAACUGAAGGAAAUAAGCUUUUCAGGUCUGCGCAGUAUGAAGAUGCCUUGUUGCGGUAUGAGCUUGCGUUACAGGUUGCUGCUGAUAUGCCUGCAUCCAUUGAGAUCCGCUCUAUAUGUCAUGCAAAUAGAGCUGCUUGCUUCUCAAAUUUGGGCAGAUAUGAGGAGACUAUUAAGGAAUGCAACAAAGCUUUGGAGUUAAAUCCUGCAUAUAUGAAAGCUCUGAUUAGAAGAGGGGAGGCUCACGAAAAGCUUGAACACUUUGAAGAAGCUGUGAUAGACAUGAAGAAAAUUGUAGAGUUGGAUCCUUCAAAUAAUCAAGCUAGAAGAUCCAUUGUACGCUUGGAGCCCUUAGCUGCAGAAAAGCGAGAAAAGAUGAAAGAAGAGAUGAUUGGAUAAGUUUCAAUGGCAUUUGAGCAUUUUUAAGGUGUGAAGUGGUUAAGUUUUGAAGGUGGCUUAAAGCCUUAAACAAUGACUUAUAUGCGUCAGGGUUAUCUAUUGUGUUCGAGUUCCUUAUCGGGUUUUUGUUGAAGGUGAAGUGUCUGUCACUUCACCACUAGCUACAUAAAGUACGUAAAUUAUGUACUAUUUUGCUGUCACUGGAGUACCUUAAGGAGCCUUAUAUUAAACAUAUUCAGUUGAGGUAUAUAAUCUGGGUUUAAGAACGCGGAGUUAAAAUGUCCAUCAUAUUAGUGAUGUAUCUGUACUUAAUCGUCUCAGUGCUGCUAUU